GGGCUCCGGCCGGGCUGGGGGCUGCGGGUCGGGAGCGAGGGGCACCGGCGGGGCUGGGCUGGGGGCUGCGGGUUGGGAGUGAGGGGCGCCGUGUGUCUCACCCCCCGCCGCCCCCGGCAGGGCUCAGCGUGCGGAGCAGCCAGGAGGAGGAGCCGGUGGACCCGCAGCUGAUGCGACUGGACAACAUGCUGCUGGCCGAGGGGGUGGCCGGGCCCGAGAAGGGAGGCGGAUCGGCAGCGGCGGCGGCGGCAGCGGCGGCCUCGGGGGGCGUCUCCCCCGAUAACUCCAUCGAGCACUCGGAUUAUCGCAACAAGCUGGCGCAGAUCCGCCAGAUCUACCAUGCCGAGCUGGAAAAAUACGAGCAGGCGUGUAACGAGUUCACGACGCACGUGAUGAACCUGCUGCGGGAGCAGAGCCGGACGCGCCCGGUGGCGCCGCGGGAGAUCGAGCGGAUGGUCGGGAUCAUUCACCGCAAGUUCAGCUCCAUCCAGAUGCAGCUGAAACAGAGCACGUGCGAGGCCGUCAUGAUCCUGCGCUCCCGCUUCCUGGACGCCAGGUACCGCCCCCAGCCCCGCCCCCCAGCACCUG